AUGGACCAGUCGCAACCCCUGCCACCCGUCCCGAUCUCCCUCCUACAGACUCGCCUCGGCCCUGGCGUCACUCUCCUCCAGCACCUCGACAUGCUUAGGGCAGGCCUCGAGCCUUAUGCUUUCCAGACCCACCGCGCACCUGACCCCCCAAAGCUCACCCCGAACCAAGGUGGUAUUCACGUCACCCCACGCGAACUGAUCGUCGACCACGGUAUCAAGGAGAUUCUUCAGGAUAAACUGAAGCUGAUUCAUCAGUACCUCGGCGACGCUCGUAUUCUGCCACUCUACCCCUAUCCCGAGUUCGUCGACCGCCGCAUCAGCAACGAGGCCGGAGUACACGACCUCACCGUCAUCCACAGCCUCGCGGGCACCAUGCAUAUCCUGGAGGCGAUCCGAUCCAUGGCGCAGCGACCCAACCUUGACGCUGCCCGACGUGAUCACCCGCUGAUCCGUCUUUUUAAGGACGUCGAACGGUUCUCCUUCCAAUCCGGAGUCCAGCAACCUGGCAGCUGGAAACCUCCAGCCAUGACCCCCGCUCAGGUUGGCCGAGUGCUCAACCGGGGUCGCGCCAACGCAGACUCGGUCCCCUCUUCCACACUCAGCGACGAGGCCAUCAAAACCAUCACCAAGGAACUUAACAAGUCCUUCGGUGCCACGCAACCGGAUCUUGAGAUCAUCGCGACCACCCGAUACGAGCACGCUGAGGGGUGGACUGACACUACGGACAAGUCGGUGCUCACCAUUGAGCUCAAACGGCAGAGCAACCUCAACCCAAAGAUUGUCAACGCCGCCGUUCAGCCGGAAUCAUGGUACCAUUCUACCCACGCUGCGAAAGUUCGACAAGGAAGGCUGCCCGUCCGAGAGGCGUACGCUCACCGCCUGAUCGCUGAAGAGGAGGUCUUCGACAACUCUACGGAUGGCUUCAACCAAUGGACCUCGCAGGAGUGGAAGUACAUGAUACAACGCGCACACCAAUGGGGUGUCACCUCCUCCGCCGUCUCUCUGGUUCCAAUCAAACUCGACCGCCAGGCCGAUCGUCUUCAGACUAGUCAGGACGCGAACAUCACCACUAUCGAUGGAGAUUGGUCCUUCGAGCUUUUCCGCCCCACCCACUACCUGGCUGCUGGCCGCCCACCACGUCAUCAUCCAAUCAACGCCGAGAUCUAUGCUGUCCUGACCAUGCUCAACAUGGAGGCCGGCCCCGCCAGAGAAGACAGUUACGCGGAGGUAGCUCGGCAGGUUCAUACGGCGAUCCGUCCCUAUUUGCCAAACAACCAGGUCUUCGGCGCUGGUCCUAGCCAAGCCACUGAACCCGCCAACACCAGCACCAACGACUCACCCCUUCGCCAACUUCGCAGCUCUACGUCUCGGAAUGCAGCACCUCCUUCCUCGGACACCGCUCUCGAAGCAGACAUCCGACAACUGCUCCUCCCGGCCCCAGCCGGCUUCGCUCACCCCUUCUCUUAUCGGCUCCGUCGACAAAUCAUCCACUGGGGCAUUCACCGUCGAUCCAAUCGCGGCCGUAUCGAUCCGUUUGCUACCGUACGCAAACUCGUCCAACCGUAUCCGAUCCUCAAUUGUCUGUACAUUCCGAUGGAAGAUGUGGAAGACCACGAAGAGAGGCAAUCUGAGCAGAAACUCUACCUUGCUCCCACGCAAGAAGACGAUGCGGCCCUCACACGCCCCUAG